AUGGAAGACCUGAACGUAGAGGAGAUCAAGCGUCAAGUACUUGAUACCCAUUUCUCUCCUCGAUCACGACCCUCCUCCUCGGCUUCCAACGCGCCUCCGAUGCCUCAAUUCUUUAGGUUGAUGCGCUUGAUGGAUGUGUGGAGCAUACGACUUAGUGUAUUGCGAAAAGUAUCUCCUCUUCUGUUGGCUUUGGAAGACACCGAGAUUGCCCUGAAAAGCGGAUGGAAUGCGAUUCGAAACCCUACUGAAGAAGAAUGUCUGUCCCGAGAGACUUUUAAUAUUAUGCGAGAUGUUUUGAGAGAGAAAGUCACAACACUAGGCCGAGAUUUGGAUUACUUGCUUGAUACAUUGGAGGGAAGGCCGGAUACUCUUCCCGAUGGCUGGUUGGACAGGAUGGAGGUCAUUGAGAACGAUUACGGGUCAUGGGAUGUGGCCGGCGAUCGAAAAGUCCGUGAAGGAGAGUGGGCGAAAUUGGCCAAGAGAAGAAAAGAGGAGGAAGAUGCCCGACGAUUACAAGAAGCGGAAGAAGCUGAAGUUGCGAGACAGAAAGCAGAGAGAGAAGCA